AUGCCUGGUUAUAACAAUGUGUUGAACUCCAACCAAACAGCGGGUACAACUGAUGAUGAAAUGGUUGGGAAGGAAGUCACUGGUGUCAUUGAUGGCACUUUUAAAACUGGAUAUCUUCUUAGUGUUAAGGUGGCAGACACUGAUGCUUUCUUAAAAGGCCUUGUGUUUCUACCAGAACAAGUUCCUCCACUUACUGUAGAAAAUGAUGUGGCUCCACAUGUCAAAAUGAUCGAAAGGAAAGAAAUUCCAAUUCCAGUUGUUAACCCACAGGCAGAGAUACAUGGUUCUGUUCCCUCAACAGUACAAUGCAACAAGCAAUCUUUUGAGCCAGAAUUACAGCAGGUGCCUAUGUCUGAAGAACAAGUGCUACCAACUGAGAUCCAUUCUGGCAUCUCAAGUUUACUUGAGAAUCAAUCCGCCUCUACUUUGAUACCAAAUUCCAUUUCCAGUGAAGAAAUUCCACAGGGUACACAAGAGCCUGGGCAUGUGAAUCAGUCUACUAUCAUGUCAGAGUUGGAUCAUGACAAAACUGUUAAACAAAGUGAAACAUUGCAUGAACUCGAUGCCUCCACACAGGUAAAAGAAUCUAGUGCUGAUGGGGGAGAAACAAAAGUCUCAGAAGCAACAUCUGAACUCAUCAACCUGGUUCCACCAAUUGAUAACGCCAAUAAGGAGCUCGGAACUGGACAGCAGGCUGUGCCUUAUGCGCAUCAGCUGAAUGAACCAAAUACAUCAAAUAUUGAAUCCAACCUGAUCCCUGUAUCUGCUGAACCAGAAGCCUUGCCAUGUGAGCAGACUGCUAAAACUGUUUUUGUGGAGAAGCAGGAAUUGCCAAAAACUGAUGUGCUAGAAGAUACAAAGACAAAGCUUGCAAGUGAGACUUCAAGCAAUGUUGACACCUCAAACUCAAAUGGAAAACCAAGUAGUGUUGUUAACAUUCCUGUUGUGGGAUCGAACCAUAAACUAGAGACCAGCCAACCGGAAGCCAUGCCAUCUGAACAGAUUGGUAAAUCUGUUCCUUCUGAGUCCAAGUUCUCAUCUGAUGGACAUGAUUUGUGGGGGAAGAGUGAAGAUCCCCAGAACUGUAGCUCUUUUGGUGACAUUAAUAAGGUGGAUUUCAAUCAACCUACUGAAUCUUUAGCUAAGUCAAUGGAAUCUGAGCAGAUUGGAUCAGACACUUGA